AUGGCGUCGCACCUGAGCAACGACGAGUUCUUCGCCGGGCUCCAUGAGCUGUUCAACCACCGCAAGGGCAAAGACCACGGUGCCAUCUACCUCGUCCAGAAGAGGCUAACCCACGGCCAAGACGCCGUCGCCGCGCCGACAGAAGAGGACCCCUUUCCCGACACGCACCCCUCGAAGCCGCUCCCCAUCAUCGUGAGGGCGACAAACGCCAAAUCCAGCCGGAGCGACAAGAAAAAGGUCAAGCUCUCGACGAUUGUCGAGCCCAGCGCCAUUGACGACUUUUUCGCGCGCUACGCAGAGGUGUGCAAGACGGGCAUGACGGCGCUGAAGCCGCGCGACAAGAGCAAGAAGAAGGCCAAGGCGAAGAAGAGAAAGGUCGGCGCGCCGGCGGCGCCCUGA